AUGCCCUUCUCAUUUCUUUUUCUCAGCAGAAAAAUUAACCCAAUAGUGCCAGAAAACCAAACACAAUUCAAUGAAUUUAUCCUUCUGCGAUUUUCUGAGAAACCAGAGCAGCAGGGUCUCCUCUUUGGGCUGUUUUUGGGCAUAUACUUGGUCUCUGUGGUUGGAAAUCUGCUCAUAAUGUUGGCCAUUGGCUCUGACUCUAACCUCCACACCCCUAUGUACUUUUUCCUCUCCAACUUGUCUUUUGUGGAUUUCUGUAUGGUAUCUACCACAGUCCCCAAGAUGUUGGUGAGCAUCUUGACAGAAAACAAGGCCAUCCCUUAUGCUGACUGUCUUGUCCAGAUGUACUUCUUUAUGGUUUUUUCUGCUUUGGACAGUUUCAUCCUCACUGCAAUGGCCUAUGAUCGUUUCGUGGCUAUUUGUCACCCUCUACGUUAUACAGUUAUCAUGAAUCCUAAGCUAUGUGGCCUGCUAGUGCUGCUUUCCUGGAUAACAAGCAUUCUAUAUUCCAUUCUUCUCAGUCUAAUGGUAACACAGCUCUCCUUCUGUACAGAACAUAAAAUUACACACUUCUUUUGUGAACUUGCUGAGGUUCUUAAACUCUCUUGUUCUGACACUUUUAUCACUUAUGUCUUGCUAUAUUUUAUUACUGGAUUACUGGGUAUGAUACCCUUGACAGGGAUUCUUUUCUCUUAUGCUCAGAUUUGUUUCUCCAUUUUGAAAGUCCCAUCUGCUCAAGGUAAGUAUAAAGCUUUUUCUACUUGUGGAUCUCAUCUCACUGUUGUUUCCUUAUUCUAUGGCACAGGGUUUGGAGUGUAUUUGUGCUCCUUAGUUACCCACUCUUCCUGGAAAAAAACAGUUGUUUCAGCCAUGUAUUCUGUGAUAACCCCCAUGGUAAACCCCUUCAUCUAUACACUAAGGAAUAAGGACAUUAAAAAUGCUCUUAGGAACCUCAUUAGCAGAGUAUCUUCUUCUGAAUAA